UUCUUUUUUUUUUCUUUCUACAGUAGGAUAGCCUGUCUAACAAACAUGCUCAUAUUGUAAUGUCUUUAUACUGCCCAAAACUUUUGUAUGUCUUUUCACGGGGUAUUACAUCUGUUGCAAAAGCCACAAAUCGAAGAAAGCUACCACUUUCACUCACAGUGCGUCAUUUUUCAAUAGCUAAGGUUGUGUAUUCGAAGAAAGAGGAUAAACCUGAAAUUCUCACCGAGGAAUCGUUUGUGUUCACAUUAGUGAAGCCUCAUGUGUUCACUGAAGUCUUGUCGUCUUUUCGAACAGACAAGAAAAUUCAGUUGGAAGCAAAAUCUCAUGGACUUACUAAAUCAUUGUUUAAAAAAGUGUUUUCUUCUUUCACAAAGAAAUUAGCAAGGAACGACUUUUCUGUUUUGUCCAUGAAAGUGAACCACGUAGUGCAUGGAAUUUCCUCCAAACUUUACAACCUUGAUGCAUUACUUCCAUUGUUUAUUGAGCAUGGAUGUUCCGUUUAUCCUUCACUCAAACAAUUCAGUGACUUGAGGACAAUCAGUGAUAUAUCGGAACCAACCUUAUGGUAUGAAAAUGCAAGGUCUAUCAAGAGAAAGAUAGUUUACCAUGCUGGACCAACCAACAGUGGGAAAACACAUGCAGCUUUGCAAAGGUUUUAUGAAGCAAAAACUGGAGUAUAUUGCAGCCCACUUCGUUUGUUGGCACGAGAGGUUUGUCAAAAGGCACGUGAUCAUGGUGUUCAUUGUGAUAUGAUCACGGGAGAUGAUAGAGAUUAUCAUUACCAUGAAAAUGAUCAAGCUAGUAAAGUUGCAUGCACUGUGGAAAUGACUAAUUUAUUCAGAAGAUAUGAGAUUGCCAUCAUAGACGAAAUACAGAUGUUGUCGGACAUGGAGCGCGGGUGGGCAUGGACAAGAGCCUUCCUUGGUGUUUGUGCUCCUGAGAUACAUGUUUGUGGGGAGGCACGAGCAGUAGAUAUUGUGCGGCAAUUGGCGGAUGAAUGCAAUGACUCCUUUGAAGUGGUGACUUAUAAAAGACUUGGAAAACUCAGGGUAAAAAAGCAUCCUGUUGAAUCAUUCAACAACCUUAAACCCGGUGAUUGCAUUAUUUGUUUCAACAAAAGUCGCAUCUAUAGCUACCAAAAGAAACUCAACAGUUUAGGAAUCAAUUCAGCCAUUAUAUAUGGAAGCUUACCACCAAGGACUAAACUGGAACAAGCCAAGAAAUUCAAUGACAAAGAUCACCCAUGUAAUGUUCUUAUAACAACUGAUGCAAUUGGAAUGGGUCUUAACCUAAACAUUCGAAGAAUAAUAUUCAGUGAUUUGUAUAAAACAACUUUAACCAAGGGUGGAAGAAGAGAACUAAAACAACUCACAACUUCUCAUGCUUUGCAAAUAGCAGGUAGAGCUGGUCGGUUCAAUUCACAAUACAAAGAUGGUGAAGUAACAUCAUUGUCAUCCAAACAUAUGCCGUUGUUGCAUAAGUUACUUCGGCAGACAGCUCCUGAAAUUAAAGUUGCUGGCCUGCAUCCCACAUUUGAAUUGUUGGCAGAGUUUGCUAAUGUGUUAAACACAAAAUCACUAUCAGAAGUAAUUGUGAUGUUCAUUGGAAUGUGCGAGAUGAAUGAAAAACUCUUUUUCCUAUGUUCACUUAAAGAGUGUCAUGACAUUGCUGAAUAUUUGGAAGACGCAAAUGCCUGCAGAGGAAUUUCUUUACGAGAUAUGUAUACAUUCUGUUCAAGUCCCAUUUCUUCAGGAAAUAAAGAAGUUCUAUCUGUGCUCGCAGCUUUUGUUAAUUCCUAUGCAAAUAAUGUUGCAGUGACUGAGCAAGAUGUGAAAAGUUUACUGCGGUGGCCACCCCCACAACAAGCUAAAAGUAAAACCGAAAUUGAACGCUUGGAAAGCUUGCAUGAAGUAUUAAGGCUCUAUAUGUGGCUAAGCUAUAGAUUCAAAGACAUUUUUCGUGACAUGUUUGCCAUCAAAACCAUGAGAAGGCAUGUUGAUCGUUUGAUACAAAAUUCAGUUUCCAGCAAAAGUAAUAGUUAUACCAAUGCUCACAGAAAAGUAGAACCCAUUAUUGACUUUACUGUGGAUUGAUGACAACAUUCU